AUGUUUCACAGAUAUCGGAGAGCUGGUGAAUUGUCGAGAUUUAAUCGAUACACCCAUCGAUAUAACACCGUUGGUAACUCAAUUGAUUGGACAGAUGACAAAUAUCCCUGUACGUCAUGUACUAAUUUGAAAUUAUGCCUGUGUCGAAGUUGUGUCAAUCAUAAAAUCAGAUAUGUCGACAAAUACAAAUUGCAAAGGAGAAAGGAAUAUGGGAAUCAUUGUUUUGCUCGCGAAAUCGAAAGCAUUUUGGAAUCUAAUAUUUCUCUAGUAAAAACAUUGCAUUCAACGCAUGAAUCAAUUGAAUAUUUGAAACAAAAUAUUCUUGAUAGGAAGAAAGCCAUAAAGAAGAAAAAAGCUGCGCUUAAAGUUAUAUGCAAUAAAACCGAAAGAUAUCGCAAGACAAUCGAAGAGCUUAAAGACCGAUGUCAAGGACAUCAAAAAGUUCUUUGUGGACCGCCAAAUUCACUACAAACGUUUGUCGACGCAUAUGAGGACAAGUUGCAAAAAAUUGUGAAAUUCAAUGCACAGUGGUUUUUAAAAAUUUUUCCUAUACAACGAGUCUUACGACUGCAACCUAUCAUAGAUGAUGUGGAAAAACGUUGUCGAGAAAUGAUUGCAGAAGCAUGUCAAGAAUUUGCUCCGUCGACUGAUAAAGUGCUGGCCCCAAUGGAAUGUAGAACUUCUUCAGAACCUUGUUAUACGAUUUGUGACUGUGAUGCACCAGAUCGAGCCCAAUAUAAAAUUUUGAAAGGAUGGUUGAGCAUAGGUAUUCCAACCGUACCUGUUGCCCGACCGGUGCACAAUAUGUUUGCUGCAUUUGUUUAUACUAUUCAGCUUGUUAAUUUAUUAACCGUCAAUUUCGAUGCGUGUAUACCUGAGCAGAUAUCAUAUCAAGAAUUCUCAUCGUGCAGAAAAUGGACGGAUGGUUUAUUUGAUACAGAUAUUUUCAAACUCAAUCGUGCAGUCGUAAUGUUAUGUUUGAGCCUCGGCAUUGAGUCAAAAUUAAUCGAACCCCUUAAUCCAUUUGCUAAUCUUCUGCUUCUCAGCAAUAUUGUAAAUGAUUCCAAUUCUGUGCUGAAGCCAGGAUAUCACACGUUAGCUAAUGAUUUGGCAGUUGUUUUGGAAGACGAUCUUAGGCAGAUUUCUUGGGCGGAACGUGAAAGAACGGAAGAAGAUGGGUGGUAUAUGGUACGAUAUAGAGAUAAUUAUUAUGAUGAAACAUAUGAUGUUUCAACACCUUUGAGACCAAUUCCUUCGUUGAGUGAUUUGGAAGAAAUGCUACGUGAUUUUUCGGCUUUUGCAUCACCAUCAAGUCGCAUGUCUGAGCAUGAUUUCCAAUGUAUUCUUGAAGAUGCAAGCCGUCAACAUUCACCCGAGUUUCUUCCUCGUGUUCUUGGCAUUUUUAGGAAUUUUAGUUCGAAAUGA